AUCCGGGGACGGCGCGGAGCUGUUGGGUGUGAGGCUCCUCCCUCCCUGAUCUCCUGUGGCAGCGGGCAAGGGGUUGGAUGGGCCGGCGCCGCCAUGCGAUUUCGGGCUAAGAUCGUGGAUCUCGCCUGCCUCAACCACUUCAGCCGUGAGUAUGUCGGGGCCGGCUCUAGGGCGGCAGUGCCUCUCUGAGCGGCUGGGGCCGGCUUUCUCGGGCGAAGAAAAGAGGAAGGGAGGUAUAAUUAACACAAUCGCCAAGUUAGCCAAGACCUGCAUCCUGCGCCUUACUGUCUGCAAGCUGUAUUUCAUCCUCUCCGAUAAAGUAACAAAUGGAGGCGCCAGUAUGUGGUGUGAACUGAGCCAGGGGAAUUUCUUCGAUGAAUUUCAGAUGGAAGGAGUAGCUGCAGAGCACAAUGAAAUCUAUUUAGAGUUUUUGCCUGAGAACCUGUGGAGAGCAUUAAAAACUGCCCAGAGUGCUAAGGCAGUGAAGAUCAAGUUGACUAAUAAACACUGUCCCUGUCUCAGAGUUGCUGUGGAGCUACCAUCCUUAUCAAGCAGGAGUAGGAUUGUGACACAUGACAUUCCUGUGGGAGUUAUUCCCAGAAGAAUGUGGAAUGACUUCAGAGAGCCCAGUGUGCCAGACUUUGAUGUCAGUAUUUACCUACCAGUGCUGAAAACAAUGAAGAGUGUUGUGGAAAGAAUGAAGAAUCUCAGCAAUUUCAUUGUGAUUGAAGCAAACUUGAGUGGUGAAAUGAACUUGAAAAUAGAAACUGACUUAGUAUCUGUAACAACACAUUUUAAAGACCUGGGAAAUCCUCCCUGGGCAUCAGAGGAUGGGUGUCAAAGUUCUGCUCAAGGCAGAGAUCUGGAAAGUAUGGCUGAAGCAUGCAUAGACAUCAAGAAGCUGCAGCAGCUGCUUGCUGGACAGCAGGUCAAUCCUACAAAAGCAUUGUGCAAUAUUGUACGUAAGAGAAUUGUCCAUUUCAUCUUGCUCCAUGAGGAGGUUUCACUUCAGUAUUUUAUUCCAGCAAUUGCCUGAGUGUUUUGGAAUCUUGGUCAUUUUCCAACUUGAGGCCUCUUUCAUGAAGUCUGAAAUCUUUCCUCAGUUGCUGGAGUAUUUUGAUGUGAGACACUGAUGGACAGAUUGGACAUUGGACAUUGUUUAAAUGGAUGGACAUUGUUUAAAUAUUUAUGAAAGUGUUCAAAAUACCUCCUCAUCCAGACAGCCACUUUUGUGAAUAGUUAUAUGCUAUGAAAGACGCAAUGCUGGGGACUGUUGGUAUAUCUUACUCUUAGGAGAAGCAAAACUGAAAUUUGUCUUAUCCACAGCUCAAAACAUCCCAAAAGCACACAGAAUUAAAUACUUCAGUCUUCUCAAAAACCUAAAGGUAGAAUUCACCUCUGGAGGUGCUGUUGUGUGUAUUCAGUAUUGAGCAAUGCAAUCCAAGUUAAGGGAUCUCUGAGGAUGCUAUCAGACCUCCAUGAAACAGGAGAGCCUUCUGGAGGGUUGCCUGAUUGGUAUUUGCCUGGACAAGUAUGCACAGACGUCCUGAAGUGGUACAGAACUGAAUUCUGUUCCAGUAGGAAUCUUUUGAUUAUGCUUGCUCCAGCAAAUCUCAAAAGCUCUGUUCGUGCUUACUCUUUGUUUAACUCUUUGGCCUGGGAGGAUGAGCAAAAUAGUCUGGAUUACUUUGUUAAUGUGGGCAGUGAAAAUCACUAGGUACAGAAUGAAUAUCAUAUGAGGACAUGUGUGAGCACAGCAAUUGGGAUGAAAUAAAGAACAGGUUAUCUGUGGAGCACAUUUUUUCCCUUUCCAGCUAGAAAACAUUGUACAACCUGUGUCGUCAUGGUGUCAGACAUGGUAAGAUUGCGUGUAGGCUCUCAUGCCAACCAGCCAAGAGGAUGACUAAAUUUCACUCAUAGGAGUACUGCCCCUGCUUCUACCUCCUGGUUAUUUUCUGAGGUCUUUUUCCUCCUUAUUCCAUGUGUGGUUUAUUUGUUAUCCUGGCAUGCUCCAUACAGCUUUUGAUUGUUUUAGUGAUUGAGUCUGUGCUGCCAAAUGAGACCGGGAGUUUCUUCUAGAAAGUAUCUUGUCAUGGUCAGAAGUGCUGGGUUUUUGAUGGUUUGUUUUUUUUUUCCAAGGGGCAUUGACAUUAAGGGAGCAAUGAAUCUUUUGUCCAUGGAGCUGCAAAUGCUCAAGAGAAGGCUGAAGGAGAGGCAGUGUCAAUGAGAAGCUAGAAUAGACUUGCAUUGAUGAGAGUGUUGACUGACUGUUUAUAGAUAUUUCUACCUACUCCCUCUUUGUUCCUCCCUGCUUUCCCUUGCCCUGCACAUUGCCUCAUCAGUUGUCAUAUUUCCACUCACUGCCUGCAACCUGCUAAGGUUUGCAUCUUUACUAUUUGCAAAGUCCCAUUUUGCCUGUGUUGUGAGUUGACCUUGAUAAGCAGCCACUCACUCACUCACUCACUCACUCACUCACUCACUCACUCACUCACUCACUCACACCUGGUGGGAUGGGGGAGAGAAUUGGAAGGGUAAAAGUGAAAAAAUUCAUGGGUUGAGAUAAGGGCAGCUUAAUAGGCAAAGCGAAAUACGGAAUUCAUUCACUACUUCUCAUGAGCGUAGGUGUUUAACCAUUGCCAGGAAAGCAGGGCUCCAUCAUGCAUAACACUUACUUGGGAACACAGACUGUAUAACUCCAAAUGCCCUUGUCUUCCUCCUUUUUCCCUGAGAUGAACGCGAUGCUGUAUGAUACAGAUAUCACUCUGGUCAGCUGGGGUCAGCUGUCCCAGCUGUGUCUCUACCAAUUUCUUGUGCACUCCCAGCAGAUUUGCUAGCGGGGCAGUAUGGGAAUAAUGCCUUGAUGCUAUAUAAAUGCUGCUCAGCAAUAACAAAAAACAUCACUGUGUUAUCAACACUGUUUUGGUCGUAAAUCUAGAACAUAGCACCAUAUGAGCUACUAUGAAUAAAACAAAUUCUAUCACUGCCAAAACCAACAUAGCCUGCUGUUUCUUGAUAGCCCAACCGACAAUUAAUGCAAACAAAUAUUUUCAGGUUUUUUUUCUGGUUACUGUCUUUGUUAAUGUUAAUCAAUCAGGGUUUAUAUUUGUGUUUGCCUCAUUUGUUUUCUUUUUCUCAUCUAGUAUAGGAUGUGAUCAAUCAGAUAACCAUAGAAUAAAUACUCUAACAGUCUCACACAGAUGCCUCCUAAAAUACUCGCAUCACUUUUGUGUCCCUUGGUGUCCCUUCAUGUUUUUUUAACCCUUUUUUCUGUAUGGUAUGGAAACUUAUAACCUUCUCUUGUUUUUCUUGCUUUUUGGUUACACACUGCAUUACUGAUCCUUAUUUUUAUGCUGUAUUUGAAAAAGCCUUUGCAUAUAGUCUGAUUUUUUCAAUGUCACAGCAAUUAAAAAAGAAUGACAUUUUGAUUAGAAAAAGAAAACAGAGGGUGCUAAAGAGCUGUGGAAAAAUGUAUUACUCUGCAUUCCUAAGAAAAAGCUGGAAACAAGUAAUGGAGCACAGUUAACCCUUGUGAGAGGGUUUUUCAUAAAUGACAAUUCCCAAAUGGGCAGAUUGCCAUGACUAAAUGUAAGACUGAAAUUAUUUCAACACUGUAUGCUAUGGAAAAAAUACUGUUUCCUGAGCAAGCAUCAUGAAUGACCCAGUUAAAAUAAUUUAGGCAUAGACUCAGUUAUGUUGCACGCAGAUUAGGUGGCUAAAUAGCUUAUGUCAUCUGGACUUAAAUAUCUCUGGUUCAGUUCUUCAUAUGUAAAACAAGAAUCUUUCUGCUAUACAGCUGGGUGCAAUAUGUGAUGAAUAAAUGCAUGAAGGAUUUCCAGUGCA